AUGCCUGUGGCUCGGGGCCGAGUUCAGAGCCCACGGUGGGUGAGCCGGGCCUAUCGGCAAGUCCUCCAUCAUCGGUCCACGGCGGCGGGCAGGCUGGGCUUGUUGGUGGGCUUGGCCGCUGUUUGCCGGCACAUUCCCAGCACACUGCUUGGUAAUCCUGGUAAAAGGGGACCCGGUGGUUUUCUUGGACAUCCAGGAUCAGCUGGACCUGCUGGACCCAAGGGGGAACCUGGGUUGCGAGGUGAGGUUGGAUUACCAGGCCCUUCAGGGAAGGGAUUUGCAGGACCAAAGGGGGACCGAGGGCUUGCAGGGCCACAAGGUUCGAUUGGUGAUCCAGGAGUUGGACUAACAGGACCUAAGGGUCGUCAUGGAGAUCCUGGAUUCCCCGGACCAACUGGGCCUAAAGGAGAGGGUUAUCCAGGUCCCCAGGGUGUCACAGGCCCUCAUGGUCCACGUGGUGACCCAGGAGAUGAUGGCAAAGGAUUUCCUGGACAAAAGGGUGAUAUUGGCCAUCCGGGACCACUUGGCCCAGUUGGAAAUUCAGGAAUAGGAUACCCUGGUCAAAAGGGUGCUAUUGGAAGAAUGGGGUUACCAGGCCCAAAAGGGCCACAAGGAGAAGGCAUACAAGGUCCAAAGGGAACCCCAGGAUACCCAGGUUUGAUGGGGCCCAGAGGCCCAGCAGGGGAAGGUAUACCAGGACAGAAAGGAAAUCGAGGAUAUACAGGCGAAAGAGGGAGUAAAGGAAACAAAGGUGAUGAAGGAAUUCCUGGCAUUGAUGGCAGCUCAGGAACAAAAGGAGAGAAGGGUGAACCUGGUUUCACAAGAGAGGAAGUAAUCAAGUUGAUUAGAAUGAUCUGUGGGUGUGGACGGAAAUGCAAAGAAAAACCUCUGGAACUGGUAUUUGUAAUGGACAGUUCUGAAAGUGUUGGACCGGAACAUUUUGAAAUCAUUAAAGUGUUUGUCAGUACUCUGAUAGAACGGGUUAGUGGUAGCAAUGAAGCUACCCGGGUUGGUGUAAUACUUUACAGCCUUGAAGCUGACAUAAUCAUUGACUUAUGGCAGGGUAUAUCUCCGGAAGAAGCCAAAACAUCAAUUCAGGACAUGCAAUACUUAGGAGAAGGCACCUACACUGGAACAGCCAUAAAGGUGGCAAAUCAAGUUUUCAAGUUAGCUAGAAAAGAUGCACGCAAGGUGGCAAUAGUAAUUACUGAUGGACAGACGGACACAAGAGAUCCGACUAAUCUGGAGAUGGCAGUGAAAGAAGCCCAUUCUGUAAACACUGAGGUGUUUGUGAUUGGGAUAGCCAAUGUAACUAAUCUUUUCUACUCUAAUUUCAAGAAGGAAAUGAACCUGAUUGCAUCUGAUCCUGAUGAGACACAUGUUUAUCUGAUUGAUGACUUUAGGACUCUUCCAACACUUGAAAGUAACCUGUUCUCCAAGAUCUGUGAGCCUGAGAAUGAUCCACUGUUCAGUGCCAUUCCAAGCUCCAUAUUACCCCCUGGUGUGUCACCUGCCAUCAAUCCAGUUCACCGCGCACCAGACCGAGACAUUGUGCACACCGACAAUGCACAUAAGGAGGGCAUACAAACUAAGGAGCGUGGUUCUCCAGGAAUUAGCGCAAAUAAAAUAGAAUCGAAUGGUGUUAGUGAAGACGUAUCUGUAAGGCAAAAUGGAUCACUUCCCCUUCCAAUACCACAAGAAAAUGGACCAAUGGGAAGGCCUGAAGUAGGACCUGCACCUGUUGACCAAGAUGUAUGGGGAAAGUCAACCCCUUUCAAAGAUAGUAUCGUUCUACCAACUCCAGCAGCAGUGCUAAAAGAGGAAAUUUACAAAGAUGCAGACUGUGAUGAACCACUUGAUCAAGGGUCAUGCCGAAGUUAUGUUAUUAAGUGGUACUAUGACAGUGCAGCUAAUUCAUGUGCACAGUUUUGGUAUGGAGGUUGUGGGGGGAAUCAGAACCGCUUUCAGUCUCAAGAUGAAUGCCAAAUCAAAUGCUUACACUUUUAAAAG